CUUUGGAAUUCUGCACUCUGCAAAGCACACCACAUAUAGCACUUGGGAGACUGCCUCGUUGUACAGCUAAAGCCGUGUUUGCGUGAAGCUUCUUAGGAGUGUUUCAGGCGUCAUGGCGUACACAGACGAUGCAGUGAAGGCAAAGCUCUCCAGCCUCAAUGACACGCAGGAUGGCAUCGUGACAGUCGCGCAAUGGAUCAUGUUCCACCGGCGCUAUACAAACCAAACUGCAGAGCUCUGGAUGGGCCGGUUGAAGGAAUCGACGCCAAACAAGCGGCUGAACCUGAUCUACCUCGCGAACGAAAUCUGCCAGCAGUCGAAAGCCCGCCGUAAACUCGACUUCAUCAAUUCCUUCGCGCCUCUCAUGGCAGACGGGACGGCCAUCGCCUACAAAGGCGCCUCCAGCGACGUACAAGGGAAGCUUCGACGAGUCGUAGAAGUAUGGCGACAGCGCGCUAUAUUCGACGCCCCGACUCAAGACGCAAUCGAGAAACAGCUUGACGAAGUCGACCGGUCCCGAGGCCCAGGCAAGAAAGCAGCCCUCGGCGGCUCCCUCUUUGCCAGCAGCUCCUCCUCCACCCCUACAGAGCUCCAACCCCUCGUCCCCCUCCAAAACGCCUCCACGCGCGCCUCCACGCUCUCCAAAACCGCCGUCGACAACGCCGACCUCAUGUACGACCAGCAAAUCAACGCCAACCCCGUCCCCACACCCCCCGUGCACGCCGCUCGCCUCUCCACCCUCUUCGGCACCCUCGCCAACGCCGAAACCGCCGUCGCCACCUCCAUCGAGGCGCGCAAGAAGCUCAUCUCUAGCCUCGAGGCCAUGCUCGACGCCCACCGCGGCACCCUCGCGCGAGAAGAGCUCCAAAAAACCGAGCUCGGCAUCCGCAGAACCGCAAUCGAGACGCGCAAGCGCGACGUCGAGGACGCCAUCAUGCGCGGCCUCUCCGCCGCCGAGACCGCCACGCGCAUCACCCCAAUCCCCUCGCGGACCUCCUCCAUCACCCUCGACGCCGACCCCCCGCGCCCCGAGGCCGAGGAGCUCACGCCGCCGCCCGUCGAGUCCUUCACCCCGACCGGCUCGCCCUCCCACGUGCCCCUCCCCGACGUCCCCGACGACGUCUUCGCCGAGCCGCUGGAUAUACCCAUCGAGCCCACAGCUGUGCCGGCGCCGCACCCGCCGCACGCGGCGCACUUCUCAGCGCCCGCGACGGGCAUCGUGGCGCCGCCGGGCGCGGAUCUGCUGUCGAGUCUGACGGGCGGCGGCGCGGCGAGCGGCAUCCUGAAUGGGAACGGGCAUCCGGCGAUCCACCCGGGCUCAGGGGGCGCGGGCGGAGGGUCCAACAAGAAGCGGAAGAUGAGCCGGACCGCAGCGGAGGACGCGUUCGCGCCGUUUGUGGGCGACGAUGCGAUGGCGGGGAUUGAUGAUGACGUUGCGGGGAUGCUGGAGGGCUAGCAGAAGGCCAGGAAGAGACGAUCGAGGGAAGUUUAACGGGUGCUUCUCGAGGACUGAGGCCUGAGGGUUGUAACUUACGGUAUUUGGCGUAGAACCAGGGGCUUUUUUUUUUCUAGGAGUCAGCGUAAAGGGGCAUUUCGAGGUGCAUUUGCAACCCAUAUCUAACGUGGGGCGCGUGAAAUCCACUUCACAAACUGGAGAGUUUGUUACUCAAAAAGCUAGUCCGUUAUCAGAUUCGAGUGUAUAAGUUAUACAGCUAUACAGUUUUG